UCCCUCUCCCUCUCUCUCUCUCUCCAUGUUUUGGUAAACCACUUUAGGUAACCAGAAAACAAGCCCAUAAGAGUCUUUUAGACCUGCCACCACUCCAUAUCAUAACCCCUCUAUCUCUCUCUCUCCCUACCCACAUUUUGUAUUUUGUUGUGAAGUGAGGAAGAGGAGAGAGAAAGUUAGCUAACGUAGCUUAGAGAGCAGAGCAGAGGUCAAAAUGAAGAGGUCACCUUCUUCUUGUUGGUCUUCAUCUUCAACUUCAAGUGUUGAGUCUGAUCUUCAUCCUGCUCAUCCUGAUGAUGAUCAAUCAGCCCAGCCCAAUCCCAAGGCCAAGCGUCCCAGAACCAGACCCAGAGGAGCUAUCAAUAAAAAUCUCAACCAAAGCAAGUCCCAGAAGAUUAUUAAUCCCAACUCUCCCAGAAGAAGCUCCAUUUACAGAGGAGUCACCAGGCACAGAUGGACAGGGAGGUUUGAAGCUCAUCUGUGGGAUAAGAGUUCAUGGAAUACCAUUCAAAACAAGAAAGGAAGACAAAUUUAUUUGGGGUAAUAUGAUAAUGAGGAAGCAGCUGCUCAUACCUACGAUCUUGCGGCCCUUAAGUAUUGGGGGGCCGAUACUGCAUUGAAUUUUUUGGUACUAUUUUUCUUCUUCCUUGUCACACUUCUAUCUUUUUAAAUUUUGCUAAGCAAGUUUGUAAUUAAUUUUAGUUAUGCAUGAAUUAUUUUCAGCUAACAAUUUAUU